AUGGUGAAAUUACAAAAGAAUAGCAAAAGGCAAACCUUGAAACAAAAAUAUGCCAUUAUUAAAAAGGUCGCAGCUCAUAAAAAGAAACUCAAAAAGAUCAUAAAGAAAACUAACAUCCAUAAUAGGAGGAGUACAAAGAAAUCCUUAAAGAUACCUGAGUGUAUUUUUAAGAAAAAUAUUUUAGAGAAUAUAAAGAAUUUAUCCUUAAAUAAAAAAAAGAAGAAAGAUGUUCCCAAUUGUGCAGAAAUACAAAUUAAUCAUCAUGAUGAUACGACAAUAAAAAAUAUUAAAUAUUUUAUAAAAAAUGAUAUUUCAACAACCGAAGGUGAGGAAAAUAAUACAGAUAUUGAAAGUAUAAAAGAGAAUAAGAAGAAAAAAAAAAAAACUAAAGAUGAACAUAUAACGGAUGAUUUUAUAAAUAAUUUACAAUUUAGUGAUUAUAUUAAUUUAGACUUUAUUGAUAAAAUGAGAAUAUAUGAAAAAAUAAAAGAAUGUCAUUAUAAAGAUUUAAAUGAGAAAUAUAUAUAUGUGGAUAAUUUAUUAGAUGUUAUAAAAAAUAGUGAUGUUGUAUUUUAUGUUAUAGAUAUUAGAAACCCAUUAAUAUAUCUUGAUAAAGAUAUUAUAAAUUUUAUUAAUUCAUGUAAGAAACAAAUAAUUAUUAUAUUAAAUAAAUGUGAUCUUCUUGAUAAUGGAAUUAUAGAACAGUGGGUUGUUUUUUUUCGUACAUAUUUUAUAACUUUACCAUUCAUAAGUUUUAUGAAUAAAAGUAUACAACCAUCUUAUUUAUGUACAAAGAAAUCAAAUGAAAGAAAUUAUAAAAUUCAUAAUAAUUAUUAUAAUAAUAUUACAAUGAAUCAUAAGAUGUCUAAUACAAAAAGUUGUCCCAUUAAAAAUAUUAUAGAAAACUUAUCUAAAAAUAAACAUAUUACUUAUGGUGUUAUAGGACAUAUAUAUACAGGUAGAAAUUCUUUUAUUAACACCUUACUUAAAGAAUUUAAUUAUAUUAAUAAUUUAAAAAAUGAACAAAUAGAUAUAAAACUAACUCAUAAUAUUAAUCUUUAUGUAAAACCUGGACUUAUCUUAAAAAAAGAAUUAAAUAAUUUAGAGCUAAUUAAAAAGUUACACGUUUUAAAACAUGAAGAAAUCAUCACUCUUCUAGAAGAAUUUUUGUUAACUCUCACGGGAAAAAAUUUAAUACGCUUAAUGAAUAUCAUAAAACAAGAUGAGCUUGCUAACAAAUUUAAAGAAAUGUGUUCAAAUGAUACCAUGAAACAAUUAGAUAAAGCUAAUAAUAAAUUACAAAUAAAAAAAUAUAUUAUUCAUUCUUAUUUAUAUCAAAAAAAUCAAGAAGGACAAAUUAAUAAUCAAAUAAAUUUUAAAAAUAUGAAAACAUUAUAUCAUAAUUUAUUUAUGAAUAAAAUUUUUUAUUAUGUCAUACCAAAAAGUAAAAUUAGUUGUGAUAAUCAAAAUGGUGAUAUACUUAAAUAUUCUUCAACACCAUUACUUAAAGACUUAUAUUAUCAAGUAGAUAAAUUUGUAUAUUCGCAAAAAAAACCACAUACUGAUUUUAUUAUAAUUAAAAGUGACAAAUUUAAUUCUUAUAAUUAA